AUGGAAGCUUGUGUUCGAUGGUGCUACAAACGUAAUAGGGCAUGGAAUCAGAGUGUUAUAACUUCUCCAGUAGGGUUUGAUAUCCCCUUCACAACUAAGUUAUGUUUCACCUGCACUAAUAACAUGGCCGAAUAUGAGGCGUGUAACAUGGGAAUUGAUGAAGCCAUUGGCCUAAGAAUCAAGAUCUUAGAGGUAUAUGGAUACUCUGCUCUCAUCAUCAAUCAAAUCAAAGGAGAACGGGGGACCCAUAAUUCUAAGCUAAUCCGGUAUCGGGACCAUGUAUGGAAAUUGAUCACCUAUUUUAACGAGAUUAUAUUCCAAUAUAUUCCACGGGAGGAGAAUCAACUAGCAGACGCCUUGGUCAUUUUGUCAUCCAUGUUCAAGGUCAAGUGGGCUAAGGAAGCACCUCCUAUAACAAUUCAACACUUGGAUGAGCCAGCAUAUAGUGUAGCAGUCGAAGCAAAGGAAGAUAAUAAACCUUGGAUUUAUGACAUCAAACAAAUCCUUCAGAAACAAGAGUACCCUGUAAAUGCUUCAAGCUGA